AUUACCCUAACACAUGGCGGAUGUCAUGCUCCCGUCGACGGCGGCGGAUCUCCGGAGGCUGUCAGAGUUGGCCUCCACGAGGAGCCUUAGUUAUGUCCCUGAUUUCGUCUUGAACGAUUUUUGCCGGAAAAUGUAUUCAGAAAAUAGAGGGGAAAAGCUUCAACUCUUAAAAGGAUUAAGCCUUGGAAGGGACGACACCGUCAACCUCUCCCAACUUCGACAGGAAAUCUUGCUGAUAUGGGGAGACCAAGAUCUGGUUUUUCCAUUGAGAAUGGCCCGUGAACUCAAAGAAAUCUUGGGGGAGAGGACGAGACUCGAGGUGAUAGAGGAGACUUCGCAUCUACCACAAUUAGAAAAGCCCAACGAGUUCAAUGCCAUCCUCAUGUCUUUUUUGUGUACUUCCUCUUCGUAAUUUUACAUUAUUUCCCCCCUAUUUUAUAAAGUUAAAAAAACA